AUGAAAUACAUUUUCACACUUGCGGCUCUACUAUUUUACUCAGUCAAUGCACUAGAGUAUACCCCAUUUGAUAAAUCUCGAUUGAGUGAGGAUUCAAUUUUUGAGCAAUUUGAUUACCCCUCCCUCUCGGAGUCACCAUGGAAAGUAUCAAGGGCCAAAAAAUAUGACGAGGGAAGAGACGAAAUAGUCCCAUAUAAGGGUCAAUGGUCAAUCGAGCAACCGCAUUUGAACCCUGGCUUUGAGAACGAUUCUGGGUUGGUGAUGAAAUCCAGGGCAUCACACUAUUCAAUAGCAUACAAACUUCCACACGUCAUCAACAACACAAACAAGGAUUUGGUGAUCCAGUAUGAAGUCAAGUUGCAAAAAGGGUUGGAAUGCGGUGGAGCUUAUAUCAAACUUCUUGAUGAUUCAAAGACUUAUCACUUUUUCAAUUCAGAAACACCGUAUCAGCUAAUGUUUGGACCUGACAAUUGUGGAAGUGAGAACAAAAUUUACCUCAUCAUGAGAAAGGAACUACCCAAUGGUGAGAUUGAAGAGAAACAGUUGCGUUACCCACCUUUGGCUAGGCUCAGUGACAUGACUAAUUUGUACACAUUAAUCAUCAGACCCAAUAAUGAACUUGAAAUCAGAAUCAAUGGCAAAGUGGUGGAACUGGGAAAUCUCAUCACCGAUGUAGAGUUGUUUUCUCCAACAAUGAAUCCACCAAAGAUAAUAGAGGAUCCAAAUGACAAAAAGCCCGAUGAUUGGGAUGAUCACAAGUAUAUUCCCGAUCCAGAAGCUGAACCACCAGAGGAUUAUGAACGAUUGCAUGCACAUCCAAUGAUUCCUGAUCCUAAUGCAGUCAAACCAGAGGACUGGGACGAGUCAGCACCACGUUACAUACCUGACUCUAAUGCAGUGAAACCUUUAGACGCGUCCGAUGACUGGCUGCCACCGAUGAUUGUCAAUCCUAAAUGUGAAUUAGGUUGUGGACCUUGGACACCUCCUAUGGUUGGGAACGGAGACUACAUAGGUCCAUGGUUUGCGCCAGAGAUUGAAAACCCUAAUUAUAAAGGUAUUUGGCAGCCACGCAAGAUUGAAAAUCCCGACUACUACGAAUUGGAGGCGCCAUAUCAAAUGGAUAAACCUGUUGGUGGGCUUGGAUUCGAAUUGUGGAACAUGGAUGGUGAGGUGCUUUUUGACAAUAUCUACGUUGGGAAUUCUGUUGCUGAAGCUGAAUUAAUCGGUAACGAAACGUUCAUUGUGAAGCAGAAAUUGGAGUACGCCAACAAGGUUCGAAAUCCAGAAAGAGCUCCCAAUGAACCUGUUGCGCCACCACCAAAUUUCGAUGAUAUUUUGAGAGAUGAUUCUGUAUCCGCUUUGAGUCAAUUUGCCAGUGUCAUUAAAUUGUUCACAAGGAUGCAGUACCUGAAUUUUUCAGACUUCCUUCUUGAGCUUUUACUUGAUCCUGUACCGACGGUAGUGCAUCAUCCAAUUCGAACCGUGAUUUAUAUAUUUCUUCUCCUAUUUGUCAUGCUGGUUGUUGGUGGCAUUGCUAGUGUUGUGUUAUUCGUCAUCAAUAAUCGAGGAACAUCUAGGCAAGUGGAGGAACAUCGCCAUGGCCAUGGAUCCAAUGAUGGAGAUGUUAUUGAGGUGGUUGAUACUAGCUCCGUGGAAAGAGGUGUCGAAGAUGGUAACCAAACUUUAAGACAUCGCUAA